CCAUAGUCUUGACCGUUCACCUCAUCCUCCAAAGUGAGCAUGCGACGACUAUGAGUGUUCCUAUCAAGUCUCCAUGACGGUUACGUUAGAUAAUUCGGAGGCGGAAAGUGAAGGGGCAUCGAAGAAUGGUACGGAGUGUGAGCAAGUGACACCUUUUGUCCCUUCAAGGGAUUUGCCAACUCUUGCUAAAAGGUCUGGCGGCUCGGUAUCUCCAGCAGGCAUUUCAGCUAGUCUGCAUCGUAUCGCAUCCUCUCUAGGAGUUGCAAAAGGGCAAUCGGAGCAUAUCCUAGUUGAUGUUCGCCAUCCGAGCCAGAAAGCAACAAAGGCAUACCCUACAUGCGAGGAAGUAGAAGAGGUUGCAGAUCAGUUCGAAACGCAGUUCACCCAUCGAUGGCUUCUAAAUGUCAAUUGUCUUGGCUGGUUGGAGGAUGACUGUGAUGCAGAUGAUAAUUCGAUCGAUAGUAUAUUGUCUGAAUCAAGUCGAUUGGUCGCUGUUCUGUCCGGUCAAUCGGCUUCAGGUGGAAUUCGAAAGAUUUAUCAUUUUCCUCGGGCUGAUUCGAAGAUACAAGGCGAUCCCAUCUCUGUAACUAUCAAAGAAGCCGCCAUAGUGGAAGAUUCUCUGGGAGGAAGGACGUGGAGUGCGGCACCCUUGCUUGCGGAUCAUCUAUUGAAGCUAAUCAAGGAUGAUCCACUCAAUCAGCUCAAUGUCUUGGAACUUGGUGCAGGUACUGGAUUGACAGGUCUCACGAUGGCAAAGAUGUUACAGAUCCUUGGGAGGGCAGGGAGCAUGCAUCUCACAGACUUCAAUGAGAACGUCUUGAGCAAUCUCAAGAUCAAUGCUCGCUUGAAUGGACUUGGUGACAAGGCGGAAGGAGGCUCUCUACAUGCAAAAGUGUUCCCACUGGAUUGGUCAGAAGCUCUCACUAAUUCUAUGCUGGAAAACAAUAAGGACCUCUUAAGCGCCUAUGAUUGCUUGCUAUGUGCAGAUUGUAUAUAUGAGCCUCAGCAUGCUGCGCUUAUUCAUGCUGUUGCAAAUCGCUUAUUGACCAAAGAGUACGCCAUCAGAAAAAGAAGCUCGCUUUCUCGACCAUCUUUGCCCGGAAAGAUGUUUGUCUUGACACCUUUGCGUGCUAAUCUUCAGAAAGAAACAGAGACUCUGUAUCGCUUCUUUCCCCGUGCGAACAUGGAUGAUCUAGAUCAAGAGAAAGCAAUCCAGCAAAAGCUGGCCCUUCUUCUUUCCUUAGAGCUUAUCUCAUAG